AUGGGAAUCAAGGGGAUCAAGAAGGCGCAACCGAAAGGGCUCGAUGAUGGCCUCCUGGCAGUGCUGCCCACGGAUUCGAAGCCAUGGUAUACCAAGCGACACCUGAUCGUCUUGAAUUUGUCCAUAUUGUCCUUGGUCAUGUUCUCUUCCGCAAAUGGCUACGACGGCAGCUUGAUGAACGGCCUCCAAGCUCUCGAUCAAUGGCAGGAGUUCAUGGACCACCCAACUGGUGCUUGGCUGGGCUUUAUGAACGCCAUAUACUGGGUCGGCAACGGCGUCAACUACCCCAUCUCAGCCUGGAUCUCCAACAAGUAUGGUCGCAAACCUGGUGUGUACGUCGGCUACUUCUUCCUGGUCCUCGGCGUCGCCCUAACCGCCGGUGAUCACGACUACUACUUCGUCCUGCAGCGAUUCUUCAUAGGCUGUGCCUCAGCCUGGUUCUCUGGAACCGUCGCACUAUUGAUCAACGAAAUAGCAUACCCGACACACAGAGGCAUCGCAAACGCCCUCUACAACUGUGGAUGGUACGUGGGCGGCACAAUCGGCGCCUUCGUCACCUUCGGCACAAGAAACUACCAAAGCGACUGGAGCUGGCGAAUCCCCACUAUCCUGCAAAUCCUCCUCCCACUCGUAAGCCUCCCAGGCUUCAUGCUGACCCCGGAAAGCCCCCGCUGGCUCAUCAGCGUCGACCGCUCCGAAGAAGCCCGCCAAGUCCUCGAGCGAAUCUGCGGCCGCGAGAAUCCAGAACUCGUCAACUACGAAAUGUUUGAGAUCACCGAGACCCUGCGCGCGGAGCAAGAAGCCACCAGCAGCGCCAGCUACAUGGAAAUGACACGCACCAAGGGCAAUCGACACAGGCUCUUCAUCUCCAUCUCCAUCGCCUUCUUCUCGCAGUGGGCCGGCCAGGGCGUGAUCUCGUACUACCUCCCCAUGGUCCUCGACGCAGUUGGCAUCACCAGCACGCGCGACCAAACGCUCAUCUCAGCGUGCAUGCAAGUCUGGAACCUCAUCUUCGCCGUAGCAGCAGCCCUAUCCGUGGACGUCCUCGGACGUCGAUUCCUCUUCCUCUCUUCCGCAGUUAUAAUGCUCGUCGGCUACGUGAUCACCACCGCCCUAUCAGGAACCUUCGAAAAGACCACGGAUAGAGGCACCGGCUUAGCAGUCAUCCCAUUCAUCUUCAUCUUCUUCGCCGGCUACGACAUCUCCCUAACCCCCCUCGUAACAGCCUACCCCUGCGAAAUCUGGCCCUACCGCCUGCGCUCCCGGGGCGUAACCGUCAUGGGCGUCAGCGUGGUCUUCUCCAUCGUCUUCAACAUCUUCGUCAACCCCAUCGCCAUGGAGGACAUUGGGUGGAAGUACUACAUCGUGUUCAUCGGCAUUAUUAUCGCAUAUGGGAUUACCGCGUAUUUCUGGUAUCCGGAGACGAGGGGGCAUACGCUGGAGCAGAUUGCGAAUAUUUUCGAUGGGGAUGAGGCGGGGGUUCCUGAUGCGGGGGAGACGGCGAUGAGGUCGAUGAGUGUGGGGAGUGGGAAUGGCAAGGUUGGGGAGGUGGUGCAUGAGGAGAAGGUUUGA